UAUAAAUAGCAUUAGUCCAUGGCUUUAAUGUCUUAACUUACAGAAAGCAUUAUUACUACAUCUCCAAAUCAUAAUGGGUUCUCUCUUUCUUUUAUCUACUUUAGCUUUUAUUGUCCUUUUCUUCACUGCUGCUCAUGCAAGACCUCUACCUGCAGAUUACUCUCUCUUGAAAGCAGCAAUAUUCGGAACGUAUGGAAGGAAUCUGAGGCCGCGUCUAAGCAGCCCACCGCCACCAUCUCCAGUACCAUCACCACAGUCCAAAGAGGUUAGCUACGAUAAAGGAAAGGCUUUACGUUCACCACCACCUCCUCCAAUACUUGCACCCCCUAUAGGCCAGCUCGGGGAUAUUACUUCUCCAUGUGCUGAAGGAGUAACUCCCUGCUAUGAUGAUAAUUACAUAUCUAUGGUGACAGAUUUUGGAAGAAGAACAAGAUCACCUCCACCUCCUCCAAUGUCAUCUUCCCCUCCACGCCAAAUAGUGCAUGAAAUAUCACCCCCUACUCAACAUUUCUUAGGUUCAACUUGAGCUAGGGCUCGUAUCGUAUGCUUUAUGCUUCUAUGCUAAUAAUAUUUAUAGUGAGAGUUAGACUGUCUUCUAGCUGGUGAGGUUUUUGGUUAGAUCAGGGUUUUUCUUUUCUAAUCAAAAUCAGUGUUUUAAGCGUCUGGGUGUUGAACCCAUGAUUAAUCGUUUGAAGGUGUACUAAUUAUUGUAUUGUAUCAAAGAAAUAUAUAUAUAGAAACCAGGGUUGUUUGUU